UUCAUUCAUCUUUGGUGCCGUCGUCAACCUCCUUUCCCGAUCGAUAGCGCGCAUCGAUCCGCCCAAACUGAAGUUGUUUCUUAUUUUCUCACAAGAUCGAUCGAUCUACUGCACAUCCUCGACAAUUAACGGAUUGGCCGGCGCAUCCAACUGCUAAAGCCAAAGGCACGCCAUUUCCUUGUUCCUCUUGCUUUGUUGGAUUUGGUAGAGAAUUUGGUACGAUGCCUUAAUUUAUUGUUCUUGUAUGCAGCCCAUGACGACGGAGCAUGGAGGAUUCUACUUCUGGAUGGAUCGCCAUUGUCGUUGACGGCGAGGUGUUGUCGUGGUAUAGCUAGGGGAAGAGGGAUCUGAUCUGAUUCUUUGGGCGCCAUGCAGAGCGCCAUGCAUAAGCGUUCCAGAUCCUGCGAGCCUUCCAGGGCGGACGAUCGGGGCGGCUGCCAUGGCGGGCCGACGGCCUCCGACGACUCCAUCACGGCCAAAGCGGCCUCCUCGUCCUGCUCGGCGCAGUGCUCGGCGAUGUCGGCGUACCUCGCCAAGAUCAGCGGCGCCGAGCGCCUGGUCUCCGCCGUCUGGCACAAGAGCAUCAUCAACCAGUCCUUCACCAUCACCAUCGAUCGCCCCCCUUGCGGUGGUGGUGGCGAUGAUGCCGGCAGCGAAGACGACGACGGGUCGACCUUGAUCAGCUACAAGGUGGAGAUGAAGCCCUGGCCCUUCUGGAGCAAGAAGGGCCUCAAGAGCUUCUACCUCGACGGCGACCGCGUCGACCUCGUCUGGGACCUCCGGACGGCCAGGUUCACGACGAGCAGCCCGGAGCCGGCGCACGGGUACUACGUGGCGCUGGUGAACAAUGAGGAGGUGGUGCUCGUCUUCGGCGACCAGAAGAAGGAGGCCUACAAGCGGGCCAAGACGCGGCCCUCGCUCAUCGACCCGGUCCCGGUGUGCCGCCGGGAGAGCGUCGUCGGGCGGCGGAGCUUCGUGGGCCGGGCAAAGCUGACGGGGAAGAAAGAAUACCACGACAUCGCCGUCGAGAGCCUGCUCGCGGGGCCCCGGGAACCGGAGAUGUCUAUCGCCGUGGAAGGCCACGUUGUCGUGCGGGUCAAGAACCUGCAGUGGAAGUUCAGGGGCAACGAGACGGUGAUCGUCGACGAGGUGCCUGUGCAAGUGCUCUGGGACGUGCACGACUGGAUCUUCGCCGGCCCCGGCGCCACACAAGCGGUCUUCGUCCUCAAGCCCGGCGCUCCGCCAGAGAUCCGGGCUGACGAUCCUGGCCCUGGUGGGUGGGACUACGGUAGUAGCAUCCUUGGUGACGCCACCGAUUACAGCUUCUUUCUGCAUGCAUGGAAGACAGACUGAGGUUUUGAUGUGUUAUCUUCCUAUUGUUUUCACAUGUAUGAAAAUGACAUUGGUUCGUUUAUAUGAAAUUGAUAGCUUAUUCAA